AUGCGGCGGGCCUCCGGCGUGGCCUGCGACUCCCACGCCUGCGCGGCCGCGCUCACGGCGUGCGCCGAUGCGGGGGUGGGGCUGCUGCUGCCGCGCGGCCGCGAGGUGCACGCGCUCUGCGCCAAGCUCGGCCUCGACGCCGUGCCCUACGUCGCCAACGCGCUCGCGACGCUGUACGCACGGUGCGGCCACGUCGACCGCGCGCUGGCCGCGGUCCGCCGCAUGGGCUCGCGCGACGUUGCCGCGUGGACGACGCUCAUCGCCUCCUACGUCUCGACCGGCCGCGCGGAGGAAGCUGUCGAGUUACAUGCACAAGCUGCACGGAGAGGGCUAUCUCAUGCCCGCUCUGUGGUCGGUUCCCUUGUCAAACUCUAUGCGCGCUGUGGACGUCUAUCAGCUGCAGAUGCUAUCUUCCGGGAGAGUAUUGUCAAGGAUGUUGUCUCCUGGAGCACAAUUAUAUCAGGAUAUGCACAGGAAGGCCUCGCCAAGGAGUCUUUUGCCUUGUUCUCAGAAAUGCGGCAUCACAGCAACUGCCCUCGGCCGAAUGAGUUUACUCUUGCCAGUCUCUUCAGUAAACUCAGAAGUGCGCUCAUUGACAUGUACGGAAAGAGCGGUAGCAUGUCAGAUGCUACUGUCAUAUUUUCCAGUCGCACUAAAGAUGAUGUGAUUUCAUGGACUGCAAUGAUCGUUGGACAUGCUGAGCAUGGUCACAGCAAAGAGGCAUUUGAACUGUUUGAGGAAAUGUGCCGUGUCGGGCUAAAGCCGGACCAUGUUACGUUCAUUGGUGUACUCACUGCUUGCUCUCACGCGGGGGAAGUUGAGCUCGGGUUGAGAUACCUCAAUGCAAUGAACAAAAGCUACAGGCUGGAGCCUAAAAAGGAGCACUACGGCUGUGUUGUUGAUUUGUUAGCCAGAGCUGGUAGAAUACAUGAAGCUGAGGAGUUGAUUGGAAGAAUUGCUGCUGAUGGAAGAGAUGGUGUCGUUUGGACAUCUUUGCUUAGGGCAUGUGCUGCUCGAGGGGCAGAGGAAACUGGAAAGAAAGCUGCAGAGAGGAUGAUGGAGGCAGAGCCAUGGGGUUCAGGAGCACAUGUGGCAAUGGCGAACCUCUAUGCUAGCAAGGGGCAGUGGUGUGAGGCAGCACAAGAACGCCAUUUGAUGAAGCAGAAGGGUGUUGUAAAAGGUGCAGGGUGGUCAUCCGUCAAAGUUGAAGGGCAUGACAGGGGGGUUGGAGUGUUUGUUUCUGGAGAUCGGACAAAUCCCCAUGACGAUGCCAUCCACAUGAUGCUUGAGCUGAUGUACUAUGGAGCUGGAAUGGUUCACCAUAUCCCUGAUCAGUUGAGUUUAGGAUCUGAAGUGGAGCUAACAGUUAACUGA